CAACAAUUGGUUUGAAUGAUGAGUGCAUUGAAAGUGCAAUCAGUGGUUGUGUUGAUUGUGAUGACAAUAAUCUCGCAAUUGCUUCACAGGUAUGGCAUUCCUCACGAGCGGGGCUUUCACUGUAAGGACGAGACCAUCACUAAACCCUAUCACCCAAUCAUAAUCCCUAUGUAUUACUUGCUGUCGAUUGCGGCGGCCGUACCCUCACUGGCGGUUGUGGUCACCGAAUACUUUCACGGCUCCGGCCGUCGGGCGGUGUCCGCGAAGUUGAAGCAGUUUUAUUUCGGACUCGUUUUGUCAUUCAUUUUAGUAUUGCUUUGCAAAACAUAUUUCGGAAGAUUGAGACCUAAUUCUAUCGAUGGUAUCUGCAAUGCGAGGCAUUACUGUGCGGACGAUCCGACCCGAUAUGUGGACCAAUUUGUUUGCGAUAAUGGGAUCCCAAAGUUGGUGAGAGAGGCGCGAAUGUCCUUCUAUUCGGGCCACUCAUCGGUGGCCAUGUAUUCGGCUUUUUAUGUCAUUUUGUAUCUCAUUUAUCGGUUUAAAUACAAUACA